GCGGCGGGCUGUCUCGUUACGCAUGCCCGGGCGGCGGCGGGACUUUCCACGGAUUUUACCGCCGGAAGUUCGGCGGCCAUUACCAAAGAGCGCGAGUUCGGCUGGCUUGCUAGAGAGGCUUGUUUCCGCCCCGCUCCCGGGUGGUGGGCGGCCAUUUUAGCUGAAGAAACACCUAAGUUCUGGAAAUAGCGACUCAGUAUCAUGGCCGGCAGCCCUAAUGAAGAUCCAGAAGGAAGCAGAAUCACUUAUGUGAAAGGAGACCUUUUUGCAUGCCCCAAAACAGACUCUUUAGCCCACUGUAUCAGUGAGGAUUGUCGAAUGGGUGCUGGGAUAGCUGUCCUUUUCAAGAAGAAAUUUGGAGGGGUGCAGGAGCUGUUAAAUCAACAAAAGAAAUCUGGAGAAGUGGCUGUUCUGAAGAGAGAUGGGCGAUAUAUAUAUUACUUGAUUACAAAGAAAAGGGCUUCACAUAAGCCAACUUAUGAAAACUUACAGAAGAGUUUAGAGGCCAUGAAGUCCCACUGUCUGAAGAAUGGAGUCACCGACCUCUCUAUGCCCAGGAUUGGAUGUGGUCUUGAUCGUCUGCAAUGGGAAAACGUAUCUGCAAUGAUUGAGGAGGUAUUUGAAGCAACAGACAUCAGAAUUACUGUGUACACACUCUGAACAGACGGGCGCUUUGGAUGUGUCCACAUUCUCCUGUUUUAACCCCUACUGGACCAUAGCACUGGGUGAACUGGCCUAUUUAAUAAGUCCUCGGUCAGGGGAAGUUUCAUGUGAAGUAGUCUGUGUCACGGGCCAGACUUGGGUUACUGUAUUCUCAUGAUUGGACUGGAACUGUGGAGGAGGGAUUGCUUGGGAAAUGUUGCUGUGAUGUUUUUUGCAAGGUAAGGAGUAGAUGGCCUGAUACGAGGCAAGGAAACCGGAUGUUGGGCCUCUGACCCCUGUUUUCUCCGGGAUGCUUCCUGACUUGUUUGGCUUGCCACUGGGUGGCAGCAUUGAUUAUACUUCUCUGCUGUUUAAGAGAAAUUUCAGGAAGGAUGAACAUUUCAGUUAAUUUUCCAUCUUUUGUCAUUUGUGAGUUUGCUUAGUAUUAAUCUAAUGUCACGUUCAUCCUAGGAGAGAGUGAUGGGUUUUGUUUUGUUUAAAUUACAAAGAUGAGUGUUAUGUUGUUAACAAGAUAUUUGUGGUGACAGAAACGGAAGAAUAAAUAUCUUUUCUUUUGGGGUCUAGUGA